GCAGUGCUGGGCGCUCGGCCCCUCUGAGUGGUGCGGGCACCAGGGUCCGGAGCCGUCGUGCCGGGGCCACACUGGGCAUCGCGGGAAGUGUGACUCGCCAAGCAAAGCCACGUUACGGUUUCCUUUCUCCGGAGCUGAGCAGCAGGCAGGGGUCACCGCUGGAGGAAUUUACCAGUUUUUCUCAAGAAGGCCUGGGGCCGCCUCCCCUCCCUUCCUCCCGCCUUGUAGUUCUUUGUUUGAACUUGAGACUUCCUGAACUUGGAAGGUGUUUUUGGCCCGGGCAGCUGGAGCAGGUCCCUGACCCCGGGAGCCCCGGCCAGCGCAAGCCCCUUUCCGAGGAAGGAAACGCCCAAGACCUGCGUGCAGACCGCCGUGCGUCUGUGUCCUGCGCAGUGUGGGGACGGGUUGGGGGCCGGUGGCAGCCUCUGCGGGAGCCCUCGUGGGCAGGCGGUUGCGGGCUCCCUGGUGACUGUCCGUGCCCACGGUCAGUGGCAGCCCGAGGCCUGGAGGUAGAGGCCGGGGACCCGGCGAGCUGGUUGGACGCUCUGUUGUGCUUCCUCGGGACUUGGUACAGCAAGGUCACAGGAGGUCGUGUGCCCAGCUCGGCGUGUAGCGCCGGGUGGGGCGCCCUCCCCCUCGCCGCCAGCGCCCGCCUGCGUCCGACUGUUCCCAGCAGAGGGCUGCAGGGCGGCGGGACCCCGUUCCGCCCUUGCACGAGCCUGUCCGCAGAAGAAAGCUCCACUGCCGAGCGCGUCCCUGGAGAAAGCAGGAUGGCCUCGAGGGGGGCCCCCCAGGGGGUUCUCAGGGGCCUCCAGCAACGGCUGCGGCUGCGGCCUCCGCGGUGCUGGGCGGCCUCGAGGCGCUCACAGCCAGAUGAAAUCAUGCACCGGGACAUCAGCCCGCUCUGCGCCGCGGACAUCCAGGACCAGCUGAAGAAGCGCUUCGCGUAUCUGUCUGGUGGGCGUGGGCAGGACGGCAGCCCCGUCAUCACCUUCCCGGACUACCCGGCCUUCAGCGACGUCCCCGACAAGGAGUUCCAGAAUGUCAUGACCUACCUCACCAGCAUCCCCAGCUUGCAGGAUGCUGGCAUCGGAUUCAUCCUGGUCAUAGACCGAAGGCAGGACAAAUGGACGUCCGUGAAGGCGUCGAUCCUGCGGAUAGCAGCGUCCUUCCCGGCAAACCUCCGGCUUGUGCUGGUUCUGCGGCCCACGGGGUUGCUCCAAAGGACCCUCUCAGACCUGGCGCUCAAAUUCAACAGAGAUGACUUCAACAUGAAGGUGCCGGUCAUAAUGCUGAGCUCAGUACCAGAAUUACACGGUUACAUCGACAAGUCCCAGCUCACCGAGGACCUGGGCGGGACCCUGGAUUACAGCCACACCAGGUGGCUGUGUCACCGCACAGCGAUCGAAGGUUUCGCCCUCAUGGUAAAGCAGACGGCUCAGAUGCUGCAAUCCUUUGGCACCGAGCUGGCCGAGACGGAGCUGCCCAACGAUGUGCCGUCCACGAACUCAGUGCUCUGCGCACACACGGAGAAGAAGGACAAAGCGAAGGAGGACAUGAAGCUGGCACUGGACGAGGGGCGGAGCCUUCUGGAGAACAUCAGGGAGCCUCUGGCCAAGUGCGGGGAGCAGAGCCUGAACCAGGACCAGCUAGACAACCAGACCACUGUGCAGAGGCUCCUGGACCAGCUGACCGAGACCGAGGCCGCCUUCGAUGAGUUCUGGGCGAAGCACGAGCAGAAGCUCCGGCAGUGCCUGCAGCUGCGGCAGUUCGAGCAGGAUUUCCGCGAGGUCAAAGCCUCCUUAGACGCACUGGCCCAGAAGAUAGCAACCUUCACCGACGUAGGCAACAGCCGGGCGCACGCAGAGCACCUCCUGAAGGACCUCACCAGCUUCGAGGACAAGUCGAGUGCCUCCGUGGAGCGUGCUCGCGGCCUGUCCCUGGAGGGCGAGCAGCUCAUCGACAGCAAGCACUAUGCCGUGGACUCCAUCCGCCCCAAGUGCCACGAGCUCCGGCACCUGUGUGAGCAGCUCACGGCCGAGGUGGAGCGGCGGAGGGAGUUACUCAGCAAGUCCUUGGAGCUGCACCACCUCCUGGAAGCGUCCAUGAAAUGGUGCGACCAGGGCAUCUACCUGCUGGCUUCGCAGCCAGUGGACAAGUGCCAGUCCCAGGAUGGCGCCGAGGCGGCCCUGCAGGAAAUCGAGAAAUUUCUGGAGACUGGCGCAGAAAAUAAGAUCCAGGAGCUCAGUAAGAUUUACCAGGACUACGAAUCCAUCCUCACGAAAGACCUGAUGGAGCACGUGCAAAAGGUCUUCCAGAAGCAAGAGGGCAUGGAGGAGAUGUUCCACCGGAGACAGGCCAGCCUGAAGAAGCUGGCUGCCAAGCAGAUGCGGCCCGUGCAGCCCGUGGCCCCCCGGCCAGAGGCGCUCACGAAAUCACCCUGCCCCUCUCCAGGCAGCCGGAGAGGCUCUGAGAACAGUUCUGAGGGCAGCGGGCUCCGGAGAGGGCCCUACAGGAGGGCCAAGAGCGAGAUGAGCGAGAGCCGGCCAGGACGGAGCAGCUCCACAGGGGAUGAGGAGGAGAGCCUGGCCAUCUUGCGGAGGCAUGUGAUGAAUGAGCUCUUGGAUACGGAACGGGUCUACGUGGAAGAGCUGCUCUGUGUCCUAGAGGGCUACGCUGCAGAACUCGAAAACCCGCUCAUGGCGCACCUCGUGUCACCAGGUCUCCAGAACAAGAAGGACAUUCUGUUUGGGAACAUGGAGGAAAUUUACCACUUUCAUAACAGGAUAUUCCUCAGGGAGCUGGAGAGCUACACGGACUGCCCGGAGCUGGUUGGGAGGUGCUUCCUGGAACGGAUGGAGGAGUUCCAGAUCUACGAGAAGUAUUGCCAGAACAAGCCACGCUCUGAGAGCCUGUGGAGACAGUGCUCCGACAGCCCAUUCUUCCAGGAAUGCCAGCGGAAGCUGGACCACAAGCUCAGUCUGGACUCCUACCUGCUGAAGCCGGUCCAGAGAAUCACCAAGUACCAGCUGCUACUGAAGGAGAUGCUGAAAUACAGCAGGAGCUGCGCGGGGGCCGAGCACUUGCAGGAGGCCCUGAGCUCCAUCCUGGGCAUCCUCAAGGCCGUCAACGACUCCAUGCACCUGAUCGCCAUCACUGGCUACGACGGGAACCUGAGUGAGCUGGGGAAGCUGCUGAUGCAGGGCUCCUUCGGCGUCUGGACAGACCACAAGGGCCACUCCCGGGUGAAGGACCUGGCCAGGUUCAAGCCCAGGCGGCGGCACCUCUUCCUGCACGAGAAGGCCGUGCUGUUCUGUAAGAAGAGGGAGGAGAGCGGGGAGGGGUACGAGAAGGCGCCUUCCUACAGCUACAAGCAGUCCCUGAACAUGGCGGCCGUCGGCAUCACGGAGAACGUGAAGGGCGACGUGAGGAAGUUCGAGAUCUGGUACAACGCCAGAGAGGAGGUGUACACCAUACAGGCACCGACCCCCGAAGUCAAGGCUGCGUGGGUGAGCGAGAUCCGCAAAGUGCUGACCAGCCAGCUGCAAGCCUGCAGAGAAGCCAGCCAGCACCGUGCGCUGGAGCAGUCCCAGAGCCUGCCUCUGCCCGCGCCGCCUGGCUCCAGUCCUUCGAAAGGGACCACGAGAAACAUCAAGAAGUUGGAGGAAAGGAAGACCGACCCCCUGAGCCUGGAAGGCUACGUGAGCCCCACCUCGCUGCCGAAGCCGCCGGAGAAGGGCCGAGGUGGGUGUCCGCGCCGCGAGCCGCGAGCCGGCGUGUCCAGGACACGCACCACUGCCCUCAGGGCUGGGACCGUGGCCCACACGGCCGCCCCACACCGCCCUCUCUCUCCCUGCGUAGAUGACUCGGUGCCCAGCUCCACCUCUGAAAGCUCCGCGCUUUCCAGAAAGCGCUUUACCCUGCAGGGCUUUGCUAACCUCAAGGGUCAGAAAGCGUCUCCUACCAGCCCCGACAAAAAAGCUAAGCGACACGAAGUGAAGAGCGACCCCACGCCUUUUGGUGUACGAGGUUGGAACAAAACCUCUCAGCUCUCAGAAGCCCCUGAGGACGACGGCUGGUCCAGUGCUGAAGAGCUGAUUAAUUCCUCGGACGCAGAAGAGGAAGGCAGAGUGGGCCCCAGGAAGCUGGUUCCAGGAAAGUACACAGUCGUGCUGGGCGACGAGAAGGGAAGCCCCGACGCGUUUGCUGUGAGAAGUGGGGACGUGGUGGAGGUGGUACAGGAGGGUGACGAGGGCCUUUGGUAUGUCAGGAACCUGACCUCCAGCAAGGAAAGCUGGGUGCCGGCCAGCAGCCUGGCCUCGCUCCUCUGCACAUCCGGCUCAGCUCAGUGCCUGAGCAGCUCAGAGUCCAGUGCGGGGUCCACCCUGCUGAGUGCCUCCUCCAGCUGCGGCGAGAGCUGUGGGGUCCCCCUCUCAGAGCUCCAGGGGUAGCGCUGGGCCGUGCAGGACAGCAGCCUGCGAGCCUCUAAGUUUUCCUUUGCUUGGGCUUGCUUAGUUUGGUGAGGGGACGGUGCUCUAAGACCCUGGGGAAUGAGGACCCUGCCAAGACCCCACCGAGGAGCCGCCCGCUGCCCAUGGAGCUCUGAGGUGCAGAUGCAGGGGCUGCAGAGAGAAGGUUCUGGAAGUCUACCCUCCGGCCUCCACACCGGGACCAGCCCCAAAGAUGGUGCAGAAGCUAGGUGCAUGGGAAGACCAAAGUGCACCGAGCUUUCCAGGAAAACCAGGACGGACGGAGGGCGCCAGGCUGCCGCCAAGAGCCGGUCCUGAUCGCUCGGUGUGGUCCCGGCGCUGCUGGUCCGGUGCCUCCUGCGGGAGCGAGUGUGUUGUGGGAGAGAGGAGUCCACUGACCCAGCGGCUUGUUGGGGAUGACUGUUUUGUCUUUUGCAAGUUCUUUGAAGCAGGGAUUAAUUCCACGGCCAUUUUUGUGGUACUCUGGUCGCCAAUCUUUACCAAGAAUCACUGUGUUUACAUGAAAUGACAAUUUGAUACUGUAUUUGAUAUAAAAGUAUUUUCUGUUACCGGAGUUUACAGGACAGCACGUUGUUCGUACUGCGGGGAGAUCUGGGGCUCUCGGGGGACCGGAGCCCCCCCAAGCCCACCUAGGAGCCCCUGGUAAAAAUCCAUCAGUGUUUCUGCAAACAGCAGUAGAAACCACGGAGAUGCCCUUAUCUGUGUAAGUUAAUUUUCAAAAGAAAAUUUAAACUCUAAGUUAAAAUAUUUAGCUUCUUUUUUACCAAAAAAAAAUGGGGAACUUGAUUUUUUUAACUAGCUUCACAGAAUUGGGAUUUUUUAUUGUUUUUAAAGAAUCAGUGAAGUGUGGUUUUGCUGGGUACUGUGUGAAGCAGUCCCCACACGGGCCUCGGGGAAACCGCAAGCCUCUGCUGACCUCCGCGGCCACCGCCCGCGCUCGGUCAACCCCCUGAACUCAGAAACGCAAGGAGUCCGUUACUGAAACCGAGGCAGGACCGAAAGAAAACACUUCUGUUUCACCUUUUUGUUUCAGAAACAAAUUCUGUUCUUUGGAAACAUGGUCUGAAUCUGCCGGGGGCGGAGAGUUUUCUAUGUGUGCGUGUGUGGGUGUGUACAUAGGGGUCCCGUGUCAGGCACACGCUGGAAACUGUCGCUCACAACCCUCCCUGAGCCCCACGCCCGCCGCCCGCGAGGCCCGUGGUGGCCGUCCUCCAUGUGUCUGUGCGGCCUUCCUCGGCGUCUAGGCGUGGGACGGGCCGUGUCUGACGGUUUCCUCCGUGGGCUGCUCAGCCGGAGCCCCCCACCGCCCCGGCCACCUUGGCGGCAUCACCACGCUGGGGUCCUCUCUUCGUUAAGGCACUUUAAAACCUCCUGUUCCCGUCACUGCUUCUUGUAUCGUUCCAGGUCUUUUUUUUUUUUUUUUUUUUUUUUUUCCUGCUGAUGUAAGUGAAAUCUAAAAGUCAGAGUUCUUUAUUGUAUGGAUGGAGUUUGAAUAAAUAUCAGCCCCUCUC